UCUUUCAACCGUUUUAUUUUAACCUGUUUCUGGCAACAAUAUUCUGUGCAAGAUAUUUGUAAAAUGAGGUCUUUCAGAUGACAUAAAGGAGGAUAAGACAAUUUAUACAAAAUGCAAUUGCUAUCUUCCAUAUAAAUGGCUCAAGGAUCCGCCAUGGCUUCUCCAUUGAGUUUCUCCUCAAAGCAUUUGGUCAAAGGCUUCUUCACACUUCCUCUGGAGAAAGUUACAUUCAAGAAAAAAAUCCCAAUUGGGAUUCUGAAAUUCUCUCAACAAAAUGUUGUCUUGAGCAAGCAAUUGAGCAGAGAAAAGGAUGUUCUGUCAGCUCUUGAAGCCUUGGACGAGAUGAAGAACAAUGGAAUUCUUGCAGAAUCACAAGAUGUAAUCGAACUAAUGAAAGCCAUUGUGGAUAUGAAAUUCCUGGAAGCUGGGGAAAGAAUUCAUGAAUACAUACAGAGAAACUCACUAGAUUUUGACGUUAUUGUGUUCAACAAGUUAAUUGAGAUGUACUUUAAACUAGGUAGGACGAGUAGUGCCUAUCAAGUUUUCGAUAAAAUGCUGCUCAAAAAUUUGGAUACUUGGAACAAAAUGAUAACAGGUUUAGCGGAAAAUGAAGAAGGAGAAGUAGCUCUUCAAGUUUUCUCCAGAUUCAUAAAAGACGGGAUCAAACCAAAUGAUAUUACGUUUCUUGGUGUUCUAAAGGCUUGUGAGUACUUGGGGGAUUUGGGGAAAGGGCAAGAAUAUUUUGAAUCAAUGACUAGGAUUUAUGGAAUUCGUCCAUCUUUGGAGCACUAUUUGAGUUUUCUUAAUCUUCACAGAAAGUACAAGACAAUAUCAGAGUCAAGGGAAUACUUUCUCUCUCAUUUUUCCUAUAAACCUAAUGCUAAGGUUUGGGGGUUCCUAGAGAAUCAUUUAAGAACUGAAGCUAAAGAUCAAAUGAGUCGAAAACCAGGUAUGAAGCUAAACAAGAACAAAAUUAUAGACGAAAACCCAGAAUCGAACAGAAAAAGCGCACCUCCAGGUAAAGAAAAGGCAUAUGAGAAACUCAGGUUGUUGAGCAAUGAGGCGAAGAAAGCUGGUUAUGUACCUGACACAAGAUAUGUACUCCAUGAUCUUGAUGAAGAAGCAAAAGAGAAAGCCUUGCUUUAUCACAGUGAAAGACUAGCCAUAGCUUAUGGGCUUAUCAGUACACCUGCAGGAACCACAUUGAGGAUUAUAAAGAACCUAAGGAUUUGUGGAGAUUGUCAUAAUUUUGUAAAGAUCUUGUCAAGCUUUGAGAAACGAGAAUUCGUUGUUAGAGAUAACAAGAGGUUUCAUCAUUUCAGGGAUGGGAAGUGCUCCUGUGGAGAUUUCUGGUAGAACGAGAAUGUGUCCCAUGAUAGGUAUUCAGCUGCCCACUUUCUUUUAGUCACAUAUCAUGUCAAAAAUGCAUUUUCUUCAUCAAUGUUGGCAUAAAAAACUGUAAUUUUUUGUUUA